AUGACGGCGUCAAGAGAUCCGCGAGUACUGAGCGGUGGCGGAGGUGGCGGCGGUGGCGGCGGUAACGAUCUGUGCCUCCAGGAUCUCGUCAUCGGACCGACGAGCGGUCUCUCGGUGCAGCAUCAUCAGCACGCGGUCGCGGCGACCGCCUCGAUGGCCGGUCUCCACGGGGACCAUCUUCAAAGUGCGAUGCACCAUCACGAUCUUCACGGUAAUUCGCAUCACGAUACCUCGAUGCUGCAUAACUCCAGUCAUCAGCUGCACCACGAGCCGCUAGAGAAACUUAAACUCUGGGCGCAGAGUGACUUCGGGGAUGAAACCAACGGGGGUCUUGCAAGACUCGACGGAGGUCAUGGCGCCCAUACCCCCGGUGGUAGCAACCCCAGCACACCAGGAGCCACCCCGACGACACCCUCCGGUGGAUAUUCCGCCGGUCAGCCCAGAAACCGCACGAACACCACUCACAGGCCGGAUAUUCGAAAAGGUGUACGAACACCACCAGAAGUGAAACACGAAUUGGGUGCCGCCGGUGGUGUCGUUUCUCCCGGGGGAGUGGUCGGGGUCAACGAUACCGACGACAAGGAUGGUAAAAAGAACAAACGUCAAAGGCGACAGAGGACACACUUUACGCAGCAUCAACUCCAGAAUUUGGAAAUGACGUUUAUGAGAAACCGAUACCCGGACAUGUCUACCAGGGAAGAAAUAGCUUGCUGUACAAACCUCACGGAAGCUCGAGUCAGAGUCUGGUUCAAGAAUAGACGGGCGAAAUGGAGAAAGAAAGAGCGCAAUGCGAUGAAUGCAGCUGCGCAGGCCGCAGCGGACUUCAAAUCGGGUUUCAGUACGGCUAGCUUAAACGGCUUCAUCGCUCAACCAUUCCCGGACCCGGAUACCCUCUACACUUCGUACAGUACGUAUAACAAUUGGGCUGCGAAAGUGCCGUCGCCCUUGAGCAGCAAAAGUUUUCCCUGGAUGAACACUCUGGGCUCGGUUGUGCCCACGGCGUCGCACCAUCAUCAUCACGCGCAGGUCAGUCCAGUAAAUCCCUUCAACGCCGCGGCAACGUCGGUCGCUGGGAGCCACGUUGGCGGCAUGUCGGUAUCGGUUGGCCAAGCGGCUACGUCCAUGUUACCGGGCAUGGGUUCCGGACUUGGUGUUGCAAGUUCACCGGUCGCGGCGUCCGGUGCGGCGUGUCCUUAUGCAACACCAACGGGACCGCAUCAUCCCUACGGACCUCCGGUCUAUACGCCGCAUCAUCGAUCACCGGAGUCCUGCACGGUGAUGACGUCGAGUAGCAUCGCGUCGCUACGAAUGAAGGCGAAGCAACACAGUAGCGGUUACGGUGGCGGCGGUGGUUCUUUCGGCGCAGCCGGUAACACCGGUGGCACCACAGCCGGCAGCAUAAGUCCCGUCAGCUCGAGAGCAUCGUCCGUUGGCGGUGGGGGCGGUGGUGGUGGCGGCGGCGGUGGCGGUGGUAGUCUGAGCGCUUGUCAAUACGCGCUAACAACAGCAGCGGGAACGAAUCCUCAUUCUCCAGGUCCUGAAGCUCACGCCAACGCCACCGCUCGGGCCCAGGUCUGAGGUGAA